GAUGGUGGCAAGACGCAGGAAGAUGGGAUUUGCAUUGGUUCUUGUGUUUUUCGUUGGAAUUCUGGGCUAUAUGUUUACAGCCCAGGAAGUGAAUCAAAAUCGUGACAGAUACGGAAGGCAACACGUCGCCAAAGCGACACUGAAAAGAGCGGUUCACGAACAACCCGCGCGGGAGUCUUUGGUCCCAAAUGAAGAUCUGGAAGUAUACGAGGCCAGGUUGAACACAUUUCGUAUCGCAUGCGCUCAAAUGGAACAACCAAUCACAUCAAGGAACCGCUUCAUUCACUAUGAGACAAACGACAUUGACGUCAGUUACUGUUCAGUGCCGAAAGUUGGAUGUACAUUUUGGGGCAGAGUUUUUCAAUUCCUUCUCAGAACUAAUGGGUCUCGGGAAGUGUCAAGUCCUCUUGAUAUAACACGGUACCAAGUACAUUUUCUUCCUCUGGUUCAUAUCAAGGAGAUUAAAAUAAAUCAAAACAUCAUCGAACAUUCAAAACGCUUCUUCUUUGUCAGAAAUCCCUACACAAGACUGUUUUCUGCCUAUGUAGAUAAAUUUGUGCUUCCGCAGUUUCUAAGCUUGGAAAAUUAUGGAUUAAGAAUAGCGAAGUUCAAAGGCCAAACUAUCCCCAACCCUAAUACCACAUGUGUUAAUGAUCUCAGUUUCAAAGACUUUGUUCAACAUCUCGUCAUUGGGGACCCGAUUGGCAACUAUCAUUGGAAGCCUAUGUAUUCAUCCUGCAACCCAUGCAAACUGUUCCCUCAUUUUAUUGGAAAACAAGAAAGUUUCAACAAAGAUGCAAAAUACAUCCUACGGGAGGUUGGUCUGGGACAUAUUCUGGAGAAAUACUCACAUAAGAAGUACAUUUCGGAUGAAAUUGCUCAAAUGGUGGAUUUCACGUUCUCCUUUCGUGACCGAAUGACAUCUUUGAGGAGAUGUUUUGACGACAUUUCCUUAACUGAAAAAAUAUGGACCACAUUUCAAAUAAAUGGCCACUUAAAACCAGAUAUGAAGUUCCCGAAAGCAACAUUCAAGCGUAUUCUUGAAGGCAGUUUGUCAACGAAAGACGCGAAGAAGCGCGUGACAAAGGAAUUCGUUAGAGUCAAUGAAAAUGCUCACAUAUCACAUGAGCUCCAUUCUACACUAAAGCUCAGAUGGAUGCUAAAAGCAUUCAAAUCACUUACAAGAGAUACCAUGGAACAAAUUGCUAAAUAUUAUGAUAUUGAUUUUAAACUGUUUGGAUAUGAGAAAUAUCCGAAGGAUUUAUUUCCUUGGAGGUACACCAACUCCUCUGGAUAACCGGAGUGCCUGGGAACGAUCACCUAUAGACUGCAAUGUGAGGUACCGAUGCUCAUAACGUCAAUCACAGGAUUGUCUGUCCCAGACUUGAUUAUUUACAGACCGCCGUCAUUUAGCUGGAAUGUUGCUGAGUGCGGCGUAAAACAUGAAACGUUUGUUCCCACUGACAAGGUCUCAAACAACAUCAUCAUUCUAUGUAAGCAUCAGUACAUUAAUUGUUUGAUCAAGGAACUCGGUAUGAGUUACCAGAUUUGACUUCAGAUACAGCUGGCCUAGAUCAUCCCAUUGCCAGGGCUGAGGUUGAAUGUGCGAUUGCACGUUCUAAACGUGGGAAGGCUGUAGGACUUAACCUACUUCCAGCGGAGUCCCUAAAGAAUGCGAGCUGUACUGAAAUUCUGUUUAGAUUGUCAUCCCACUGUUCGAUAUUUGGCGCACUAGUAUUUAAUUUAUCAAUCCAAAGGCAGAUACUGAUCCUCGUGAUCCUCUUGGUUAUCGCCUUUCAGUACCAUUUAAGAUUUAUUCAGAUAUACGCAAUACCCGACUUAAUAUACUGAACAACAAAAGUUCCUGUGACAUUGAAUGAGAUUUAAUGCAAAGUUACGUUUUACGUUUAUGCCUACAAGUGAGUAGCGGUAUGUUACUACCUGUAUUGGUGUUUUGUCAAAUAGGUUUCGAUAAUUCUUCGACUUAAGAUACUAUCUGAGAACUACGUAUGAUUUAUAAUGCCAUUAGAAACAUAUUCUUGUGUUGACGUGUUAUUCUCUCACAUCAGCAUGUUCACUCGUGAGAUACCUCCCUUCCUUGGCCUAAUUUGAAGACAGGUCAGUUUAUGGCUUAUGACACACCCAAUUCUGGCCAUGGUAAUACUGUUUGAUUUAUAAUACCCAUGGUGGAUAUAGCUUGUGGAAACGCUACCCUUUCUAUUUUGUUUUUAUUAUCAUUGUGUGUUUUCAUACAAUCUGUUUUUCCCACAAAGUUUAAAAACAUUCAAUUCAGUAGGUGAUGAACCAGUGUAUGAUGUAUAUAAAACAACCUUGACAACAAUAUGAAUCUGUUUAGUUUGGAAAACACUGAAUAUGGAUGACAAAAUAAGAAUAGUAUCAGCAAACUGCAGGGGCCUAGCAGAUAAAAGGAAACGUAAAGAAGUAAUGAACCUAUGGCGAAAGAAGAAAUUUUCCAUGAUAUGUUUACAGGACAUUCAUAUUUCUAAAGAAGACGAAACAUUAAUGAGAUAUGAAUGGGGACUUCAAAGUAUAAUAGCGCCUUACAAGUCAAAUGCAAGAGGAGUUGCCAUUUUGUUUUGUAAUACUUUAGAACUAAAAAUCCAUAGAUUUAAACAAAGAUAUUAAUGGAAACUACAUAAUAGCAGAUAUCACCAUAGAGGGCAUAAGGUUAACUCUGACUAAUAUUUAUGGGCCAAAUCAAGAUGAACCUGCUUUUUACAAUACUUUGUUCAAUAAUAUUGACGAAUUUGAAAACGAAUCAGUGGUUAUAUGCGGAGAUUGGAACUUGGUUCUAAAUCCAGAUGUCGAUUUGGAAAAUUAUAAACAUAUCAACAAUCCCAAAGCAAGAAAGUUAGUUCUUGAAAAAAAAAGAAGCUUUGAUCUAAUUGAUAUUUGGAGAGAGAAAAAUCUAAAUGCAAAGAAAUCCACAUGGUGGAAGAAGAAGCCUAAACAACAAGCUAGACUUGACUUCGUUUUGGUCUCACAAGACAUUGCAAAUAUAACUAUUGACUCUACAAUUAUACCAGGAUACAAAUCUGAUCACUCAGCAAUAACUUUUUCAAAUACA